AUGCUCUGGGAGCCGCGCCGGGGGCUGGGGGCUGGGGCAUCUGGGUCGGGCGUCGGUAGCCGGGAACCGGGCCACGGGUGCAGCCCUCCGAGGCGGGGCCGGGCGUCGGAGGCGGGGUCGUGGGCGCUGGCGGCGCCGGGCUCGGACGCGGGGCACGAGCUCCGGGGUACGGUGGCGGGAGCGGCUCACGCAGGCAUCGGGUGGGCAGGAGGCGUCUUGGGCGGGGAAGCGGCGGCGCUGGGGGCGAGCGUGGCCUCCGGGCGCAGGCGCGGCCUCCGGACGCUGCUGCCGGGGUCCGGUGGCGGCGCUGGCCGGGGAGGCGGCACGGGUGCGCGGCACCAGGGACGGGCGGGCGCCAGGAGGGGAAGCGGCAGCGUCGGGGGUGGGCACGGUCUCCGGACGCUACUGCCGGGGUCCGAUGGCGGCGCCGGCCGGGGAGGCCACGGGUGCGGGCUCCGGGGGCGGGAACCACGCCUGGUAGCCGCCCUGGGGACGCCGCUGCCAAGCUCUGGUGGCUGCGGCGGGAAGGCGGCACGGGCGGCGGCCGGGGCGGGGCGGCGGCGGGGGAGGGGAUGGCGAGGAGGUGUUGUGUGCGUGUGUGGGUCUGGCGUGGCUAAGUAUUAG